AUGAAGCACAAACCUGUUAGCAGAAGAUCAAAUCCACACAUUGAUCAGUGUGACGUAACUAGAGCUAGUGCAGUGCUGGAGAAUAUUAUUUCUGAAACGGCCAAAUCAUGCAGAAAAUUAAUAUUUAAUAUUUAUAUGGGAUUUUACUGUCCAACCAUAAUACCCAAAAUAUGCAUUUGUUCUCAAUUUUCAAUGCCAUCUAUUGAUCAGUUCAAUAAGGGCCUGGGGUUAGUAUCCACCAACGGGGAACCAUUUCUUUGGAAUGAGCUAAGGUUCCCCAGCAUGGUCAUUACCCUUCACUAUGUGGUCCAUCCAAAUCUUACCUCCCUGGGCUUUAUCACAUCUGAGAAAUUGGUCAGAGAUGCCGCUCUAUAUAUCAUCUUGCACAGCAAAGAUCUUGAAAUCAUGAAUAUCAUCCUUUGAUCAGAGGAAGAUUUGAGAUACAGGAAACCAGGAAAAAAGCUGAAUGUUUUGAGUUUUGCUGCUCAUCAACAAAUUGCACUUCUGGCUCUACAGAAACUCAUGGCUGAUUUGAGUUAACCUGUGGCCAUUGACCUCUAGGCCAAGUCAGCCGAUGGUUUUGAAGGGUUUUAUAAAAGCACAUACAGAUCUUGUGGUGGUAAAACAAGAAUAAUUGCAGUAAUGGAUUUUGAGCCAACCCAUUCACGGUUGGUUUUUCCUUGCUUUCAUGAACCACUGUAUGUAUCCAACUUUUCAAUCACGAUAAGAAGAGAAAGAGGACACAUAUAUUUGGCAUUAUUUUCGGAUCCCAAAAGUAGUACAUUGUGUCUUCAAGGAAGCCUCUUAGAAGAUCAUUUUGAAACUACGGUAAAAAUGAGGACAUAUCUUAUAGCCUACAUAGUUUGUGAUUUCAACUCUGUGAGUGGCACAACCUCGUCAGGGGUCAAGGUGUCUGUCUACACAUCCGCAGGCAAAUGGAGUAAAAAACAUUAUACCUUGGAAGCAUCAUUAAAGCUCCUUGAUUUUUAUGAACAUUACUUUGGUAUCAACUAUCUACUCCCCAAACUGGAUCUAGUUGCCAUUCCUGACUUUGAAUCUGGAGCCAUGGAAAAUUGGGGCCUCAUCACAUAUCAAAAAACAUCACUGCUCUUUGGUCCCAAGACCUCUUCUGUUUCUGAUAGACUGUGGGUCACCAAAGUCAUAGCCCAUGAACUAGCACACCAGUGGUUUGGCAACCUGGUUACAAUGAAAUGAUGGAAUGAUAUUUGGUUCAAUGAAGGUUUUGCAACAUACAUGGAACUCAUCCCACUUAAUGCUACAUAUCCAAAGCUAUAAUUUGAUGAUGCUUUUUUGGGUGUUUGUUUUGGAGUGAUCGAACAAGAUUCAUGAAAUUCAUCCUUUCCUAUCUCCAAUCAGGCAGAAACUCCUAUUUAAGUACAGGAAAUGUUUAAUACAGUUUCCUAUGAGAAGGGAGCUUGUAUUUCAAAUAUUCUCAAGGAUCUUCUGAGUAAGGAGAAAUUCCAGGAAGGAAUUAUUCACUACUUAAAGAAGUUCAGUUAUGGAAAUGCCAAAAAUGAUGAUUUGUGGAGCAGUUUGUCAAAUAGUUGUUUAGGUAAUUUUACAUCUGGUGGAUUUUGUUAUUCUGGUUCCAAGAUGACAAGCUGCACACUUGCCUUUCUGGGGGAAGAUGUGGAGGUCAAGGAGAUGAUGACUACGUGGACUCUGCAGAGAGGAAUUCCCCUCAUUGUGAUUGGACAAAAAGGACGUUCACUCAGGCUCCAAUAGAUAGGUUUUCUGAGCAGGGUUUUCAAAGAUGACCCAGAAUGGAGGGCCCUACAGGAAAGGUAUCUUUGGCAUAUUCCAUUGACCUACUCCAAUUCCUCUAAUGCGAUUCAUGGACACAUUCUAAAAUCAAGGACAGGUACUCUGGAUUUAUCUCAAACUACCAGUUAGGUGAAAUUCAGUGUGGACUCAAAUGGCUACUACAUUGUUCACUAUGAGGGGCAUGGAUGGGACCAACUCAUGGGACCAUCUAACCUGCAUCAGAACCACACGCUUCGCAAACAGGACAGAGUAGGUCUGAUUCAUGAUGCAUUUCAGCUGCAUUACCUUCUUUGAUAUUUUAAGCCGGUGAUUGACAUGCAAAGCUGGAGCAAGGAGGGCUCAGUCUGGGACAGGUUGCUUGCCUUGACCAUCUUAAAACUGGCCUCUUACCUGAACCAUUCUCCCUGCAUCCAGAAGGCAACUGAACUCUUCUCUCAGUGGAUGGAAUUCAGUAGAAAAUUAAACAUUCUAACAGAUGUUUUAAAGAUCGUAUAUUCCGUGGGUGCUCAAACGGCAGUAGGAUGGAAUUACCUUUUAGAGCAAUAUGGAUUGUCACUUUCAGGUGCUGAAAAAAACAAAAUUCUGUGUGCAUUGUCAACCAGCAAACAUCAGGAAAAGUUAAUGAAAUAAGUGCACUAAUUUAAAUUAUUAAUUGAGCUAAGAAUGGGUGGAAAGGUCAUCAAGACACAGGAGUUGGUGCCUCUUCCUCAUUCAAUCUCCAGAAAUCCAAAGGGACAGCAAUUAGCCUGGAAAUUUUUAAGAGAAAAUUGGACCCAUCUCCUUGAAAAGUUUUGACUAGGCUCAUUUGCCAUGAGAGUGAUCAUCUCUGGAACAACAUUUCACUCCUCUUCCAAGGAGUUACAAGAGGUGAAACUGUUCUUUGAAUCUCUUAAGGCCCAAGGACCAUAUCUAGGUACUUUUCAAAUUAUUCUGGAAGCCAUAUCCAAAAAUAUCAAGUGGCUGAAGAAGAAUCUUCCCACUCUGAGGACUUGGCUACUGGUUAGUAUUUAA